AGAAACAAAAAUCUCACCCCAAAUUCCAGCUGGGGAUGUGCAUCAAAAUCAGCCGAGUUUUGUAAAAAUGUAGGCGUCUAAGGCCUCUACUAAGAACUCCUGAUCUAGAGGAGUUCUCUCUGGGUAGAGACAGGGGAAGUAUGUCAUCAUACGAGCAACAAACUACCUGUCACAGACUAUCCCAAGGAUGAGUGGUUUCUCUUGGGUCAUGUUUUGGGAGGUAGCGUCCAACAUGGUGAGGAAGGCACUGUGGCCGAAGAGUCUGGAUUCAUGGCAGUGACAACUUAUGAAGUAGCUUGUUGUGUCCGCAAAAGUGAGGUAGCAGAGAGGUUGGCUGGAGUCAGGACCAGUCUGUAUAAUAAACCUCAAGAUCUAGUAGCCCACAGUAGCCCACGUCACUUAGGAAGGGUCUGUAUCCCAAAGUUUCUACAGCUUCCCAAUGGAGUACCACAAGUUAGGAACUAGGUCUUCAAACGCUUGAGCCUCUGAAAGACAAGUCACACUGAAAUCAUAAUCCUCUACUGCUGGCCUCAAAAGGCUCAGGGCCAUCACUGAGUGAAACACACAUUUAGCCCAACUCCGAGGAUCCCUAUCAUGUUAACAGUUUCAACACUGAUCAAAAGUCUCCAGUCUGAAGUCUUCUUGUGAGCCAUAGGCAUACUUCAGGCUGUGAAGUUAAAACACAACUUAUGUAUUUCCAGUACACACUGGCUAUCAGAGGAAAUCUUCCCAUCCCCAAAUGGAGAAAUUUGAUGAUAGCAAGGAAAGGCUAGACCAAACCAAGGCUGAAAGCCAUCGAGGAAGUGCCAGCCUCUGAAGCUAUGUAUUCAGUAUCCAGAGCUUGUGGUACUAUCAUCUGGGACUCCGAAGGGCCUUGAGUAGCUCCACCCCAUACAGCUCUGGUACCUGAAGUACAAGUGUCCUUUUUCUUGGGCCAGCUCUGCUUGGUACCUUGAGGUGUCCUGGCAUACAGCCACAUUUCUGACGCAUCAACCAUGACCAUCACAGCUUCAUGCACAGCUCAGUCAGGAGCCCCAUGUACAGAAUCCAACCCUGCCACCCAUGGAGUAAGAGUGGCGAAAGUAAGAUAUACAGAAGUAAGAAAGGUAAAAGUCCAGAGGUAUAAGGUAGACAGGAUAAUUUAAGUUAAGAAAAGCUGACUAGAAACAAGCCAAGCUAAGGCCGGGCAUAAAUAAGUAAGAAUAAGCCUCCAUGUGUGAUUUAUCUGGGAGCUGGGUUAUGGGCCUCCAAAGAGUCCAAAGAGUGAAAGAGUAAAAACAAAUACCAUUCUGGCAUUCCAACAAGACUCUUUGACAGUGUGCAGCACAAAUAGCCCCUCGCUCAAUCCCAACAGAACCCUUGUUCUCUGAAACCUCAUGAGCUUGGCCUUCACCGUCACUUCUCUUGGUGGUCAGAUCUUCCCAGCUUCCACCAGAAUGACCCAUUCGGCUCUGCUUGCAGCAGUGGUUUUCAUCCUGUGGGUUGUGACUCUUUGGGGGAUUCAAAAGACCCCUCAUAGGGGUCACAUGUCAGAUAUUCUGCUUAUCAGAUAUUUAUAUUACAAUUCACAAUAGUAGCAAAACUAUAGUUAUGAAGUACAACAAAGUAACUUUAUGAUGGAGGUCAUCACAACAUGAGGAACUGUAUUAAAGGGCCACAGCAUUAGGAAGGUUGAGAACCACAGUAUAGUAAGGCUUCUUUAACCCAGGGCUCUAAAUUCUCCACCGUUCCCCCAACAAGCUCGUUCAGAAGGCCUGUUGGGGGAAUUAAGCCGAGUCGCUGUAUUUGAAGUAGACAUUAGAAUGAAUCAUUAUUUUCUGGAAGAACUUUGACCUUGAAGAUUCCUUCUGGAAAGCAAUGUUUGCUUCCCAUGAUCUGUAGAAUUGUUUUGCUGAAGGGCCAUUGCAGCUGUCCCAUGUCUUUGGUCACAAGAUGCCUCAGGCACACCUGAGGCUCCUGUAUUAUUGUGUAUUGCACACAAUACAUAGCAGACACAGAGCCAUGAGGGCCUGUGAUGCUGUCCUUCAGUAAGACAUAUAAGUUAAAUUAGGGACCUUGGCAUGAGGAAGUACUUUGUGUGACAAUCGAUAAAUAUGCCGGUGUAAGGUUUGGGGUUCAGUCCUUCAGAGAGGCUGAACCUUCCUAGUGCCACAAAGGACUUAAAAUCAUUUCACCCUGGAAUGCCUUCUUUCUUCAACAGACCCUUGCUACACAGAACACCCCAGCAAGGCCUGUAAACCACACAGUCAAGUUUACACAGCUGUGACCUACUUCCUAGCACUGAUUUCCAUAUUAGUUGCUCUCCUGGUAGCUGUGGCAAGAAAACUAAUGGGAAGAAUGAUUUAUUGUAGAUCAUAGUUCAAGGGAAACAGCCCUGUUCCGUGGCUAGUUCUGUCCGUGACAGCCAGGAGCUCGUGGCAUACCUUACGUCUUGGAGGACUGGGAAGUAGAAGGUCUAGAAGCAGGGCUAGGAUAGUGUCCUUGGCUUAUGCUCAGCAGCAUAUGUCUCCUAGUGUGGACCGACACUCAAGAGGUUCUGCAAUCUCCCCAACCAGUACCACUGGCCAGAGAGCAAGUCUUCAGACAUGGGGCCCAUUGCACACGAAGACCUAAUAGUCAACAUGCAUGCGUUUCAUAUGCUCCCUAUGCCAUUCUUAUCGAAAAGUGCUUAGAACAAUGUGUUUUGUUCGAAUCACACGGUAUUUCUAAAUCUCUUCUGCCAGGGGAUUGUGCAACUUGAACGUCUCUGUAAUGGGAGCUCACAGAACUCUAGGUACUGUCUGCCUUUUGAAUUUUCCUCUCUAGAGACCAAGCCAAUGGUUUCUCAGCAAUCUGAGAUCAGCUGUGGCAGCCCUCCCGCAGUCCAGAACGCCAUCUUGGUGGGGAAUCCCACCUCCAGCCUGGGCAGUGUGGCUCACUAUGUCUGUCAGGAGGGCUUCGAGAGUCCUGGAGAAAAGAUCACUUCUGUUUGCACGGAGAAAGGCUGGAGUGAAAUCACGUACACGUGCACAGAAAUAGUGGUCGAAAUUCAUGAUGUGUCUGUGUUUAAUGACAGCUGUGUGAGGUGGCACAUAAGCCCGGAAAGCAUAAACUCCAAGAUCAUGUACAUGAUAAACAUUGAAAGACAGCAGUCGAAUGCUGUGGAAUCCGCUCAUGAGGAGACAGUCAACGUGACCACAGACAGCAGGACCCCAGAAGUGUGCCUUCACCUCCAACAAGGUGCCAACUACACUGUGCGCGUUUCUGUGGCCCCUCCCCGGCGCUCUGUGCCCGCCAUCCUUGAUUUCCAGAUGGCUGAAGAUGAUCUCUCAGAAGAUGGUGGAAUUCUCAAUGUUUCAGUAUUUAAUGACACGUGUUUGAAGUUGAACAGGCGUUCUAUGAAACAUGGAUCGGAACAAAUGUAUCAAGUGGAAGUUCUGGGUCAGAGGUGGUAUCUGGAGAGCUUUUAUCAUGCAACUUUCUUUAACUUCACAACAAGAGACCAAGCUCCGGAAGUGUGUUUAGAGCUGUACCCAGCCACUGAUUACACAAUAAACAUCACCCUCCUGCGACCCACCGAGCCACACUCGGCACAAAUAAGCCUAACAACCGCACUAACAGCCAAACAGACCAUCACUAAUAUUUCAGUAUAUAAUGAAACCUGCCUGAGAUGGAGAAGCCUGAAGACGGCCAAUGUAGAAGAGCUGUAUUUAUUCCACAUUUGGGGCCAGAGAUGGUAUCAGAAGGCAUUUGUUCUGGAAAUAGUCUUUAACAUCACCAGUAGCAGCCAGGCCCCUGAGUUCUGCCUGGACCUGCAUCCGGGUACCAACUACAAUGUCAGCCUUCAGGCUCUGUCUUCAGCACUUCCUGUGGUCAUCUACCUGACAACCCAGAUAGCAGAGCCCCCACUUCCGGAAGUAGAAUUUUCCAGUGUCCAAGGAGGGCCUCUACCACACUUCCGGCUGAGGAAAGCCAAGGAUGUAAAUGGACCUAUCAGCUCGUACCAGUUGCUGGUCCUUCCCCUGUCCUUGGAAAGCACGUUUUCUUGUGGAUCUGAAGGCAUGACUUCAUUUUUUGGCAACACCUCUCUUGCUGAUGGCUACGUGGCUGCGGAAAUACUGGCCAGCGAUGUUCCAGACAACGCAUUGGAGAUACCUGUCGGAGACAGGCUGUAUUACGGGGAAUAUUACAAUGCCCCUUUGAAACCAGGACACGAUUACUGCAUCCUAGUACGGAUCACAAGUGAAUGGAAUAAGGUGAGAAGAUACUCCUGUGCCAUCUGGGCCGAGGUGAAAGACUCAUCCCUCACACCACAGCAGAUGGUGGGCGUCGGACUGGGCUCCGUGGCUUUUGUGACCGUUCUUGCAUUCCUCUCCUUCUCAGCGGUGUGAUGGCUGGUGCGCACCGCCUGGAAAUACUGCCUUAUGAUGGAUAGCUGUUUCUACAGCUUUUCAGGUGCCUGGGCUGUGUGACUUCCAUCCAGAGCCCUUGUGUGAACCUGAAACCUUCUCCAUCCCAGCAUGGCCUCGUCCUUGAAUUCAAGAUGGCACCAACCCUAUCUCUAUGGAAUUUUCCAGAAGGAGAAAACUUGGGAACUGUUUUAUGUGCUUCAUGCUUUCAGGAUCAGUGUGUGUCCAUGAACUUGAGACUCAUGCCCAGUGUAAUACUGACCACAGGCCACAGCUCUGAGAGUCAGCUCCUGUAGACACUGGCUGUGCCCAGGCCAUAGACCCUGAGAUGUGGAGUCGCUGGAUCUUACUUUAGGUACCCCUGCUAAUUAGUUCAGGGUUCAUUCUUUCACAGUAGGUAAUGAGAUGGGCUUAAGUCUGGGCUGGAAUUUGGUUUUGUGAAGGAGGUUGUUGGAUAAAGAACAGUGUCAUGAACAAAUGUUUCAAGUGUUUUAGAAUUAGCCCUUCCCUACAGUUUACUGAUGAACUAAUUAGAAAAUACAGUAACGUGGCCACCCUCUCGGGUUCCCUGCAUGACUGUUAGGCAGCCUGGCUUUGAUACAAUUCCAGUUGUUUUUGUGAGAUCAAAAGUAAUGCCUACUUUCCAGUAAAACACAUUCUGUAAUUUUGCCCAU